ACAACUACCGCUACCACCAUGGCAUCUGCUAGCAGCUCCGCACAGGCCGCCUUCGGGCUGGGCCGCAGGAAGAAGGACCCCAGCCUUUUGGAUCAGAUCGGAAAGUUCUUCGGAGGGGAGAAAAAGAGGAAGAGCAAGGGAUCUUUCCGUGGAGCUCUCUCUCCAGGCCCUCAGAAAGCAUCUGCCACCUCCCCUCGUAAGCGUGGAGCAGAAAACGCUGUGGUCACUUUCUUCCGCACGAUUGUGUCCCCUGCCCCUCCUAAGUCCAGGGGCAACCAGAAGUCCCAGUCUAAAGCCAAGAAGGCCAGUGCAGGGGACGGAAAGGGCUCCCUCACUAGGAUCUUCAGUAUGGGAAGCAAGAGCGCCUCUCCAGCCAAACGCUGAGGUCCCUCUCCACUCGAAAACCC